AUGACAGAAAUUUCUUUCUUUCUUAACUAAAAAAGGGGAAAAGCCAGGAAUCGCGGCUAUAAAUUUAAUCUUAGGUAAGAUUCAGUUUUAAGCUGGACUGGGUAAGUAUCAUAAAAUUUGUCGCAAUAAAUUAAAUAAACUCAAUACCAAAGCUAUUACCAUAAAUGA